ACUUGGAACUGGGAGGACUCUUUGAAAACAUCCCGGAAAAAUGCGACGCCGCGAACUGCAGACCAUUCAGCUGAAACUGUCCGAUCUCAAGGAGUACGAGCAGGCCAAGAUGGAACGCUUGAGGAGCCGCCAACAAUUGCUAACUCCCCGGACGCCCACGCCCCCCUCUGACAGCGAGGUACUGCCGGCGACCUCCAGUAGCGUUCCAGCUGUUCUUUUGGCCAGCGGUAAGAGCCUGAACGACGACGCCGAUAGGUCGGAGCCCGCAACCAAGCCCAGCACAUCCUCCACCUAGGAUCUAUCGUUGAUCAAGCAAGGGGACUUCAACACUUUAAUCGUCACUACCUCAAUGGAUGAUGCACGUAGUUUUUAAAGUCAUAUUUUUUAAUUUACACCGUAACAAUAACUUGAGCUUUUCGCGCAAUGCAAGCGAAAUUAGAAAUGAUCGUGGAAGUUCACUAAUAUAUUUUAGCUAUAUUUAAUACGGCACCACGAUUAUUCGGCGCCAAACAGCCAGACUGUUAAAUAUAAGAAUUCCAAAAAAAUAAA